CAAAACUUCGUAUACAUCUAGAACGAAAAAAUCCAUGUAAACCUAGUAAUGCCCAAAAUCCUAUUGUAGCUCCAACACCAUUAUUACAAAAUCCUGCUACAAAUCAAAUUCCAACUCAAACCUAUAUUACAGUAGGUGACUUAAUCCAAUUGGAUGGCACACCUUCUUCACCUAUUCAAAGCUCAGACAAUAUUUCUUCGAAUCUUUCCCAAAAUGAUACAGAAUGGUUUGAUAAUAUGGAAGAUAAAUAUAAUACAAAUACGGAUGAAAAAUGGCCUGAAUUGGGUGGAUCAUUGCUCUAUGAUUAUCCAAAAAGAAAUAUCAUAAAUAUAGAGG